CUAUGUGCGGAGUGGUUGAAACUUGCAGCUUUUAACUAAGCUUUCCCCAAGCCUGCUGAGUGUCUGCCUAGGAAGUAGGAAUGGGCUGGAGGGCGUGUAGGCUAAUCAGGCUUAGAGGUCUUGUGCCCUGACUUAAGCCAAAGGCCAAGGCCAUUGGCCCUCAUGGGUGACCCUCUGCCCGUCCCCAGAGGAGACAGUUCACAUGCAUCCUACUUCCUGCGUCGAGGAGCCAGCUUUGAGGCAGAAUCACCAUUGAAGCUUUAAGAGUUGGACACCCAGGUCCCUGAAGUGAUCUGCAGGCCCCCCCGCCCCAGUCCGCCACCAUUCCGUGCUGCAGGGACACCAUGGCUCCAGAGGAAGACGCUGGAGGGGAGGCCCCAGAGGGCAGUUUCUGGGAGGCUGGUAACUACAGGAGAACCGUGCAGCGGGUGGAAGACGGGCAUCGGCUCUGUGGGGAUCUGGUCAGCUGCUUCCAGGAGCGCGCCCGCAUCGAGAAGGCCUACGCCCAGCAGCUGGCUGAUUGGGCCCGCAAGUGGAGGGGCACGGUGGAAAAGGGCCCCCAGUACGGCACGCUGGAGAAGGCCUGGCACGCCUUCUUCACGGCGGCUGAGAGGCUGAGCGCACUGCACCUGGAGGUGCGGGAGAAGCUUCAGGGCCAGGACAGCGAGCGGGUGCGCUCCUGGCAGCGGGGCGCCUUCCACCGGCCAGUGCUGGGUGGCUUCCGCGAGAGCCGGGCCGCUGAGGACGGCUUCCGCAAGGCCCAGAAGCCCUGGCUGAAGAGGUUGAAGGAGGUUGAGGCAUCCAAGAAGAGCUACCAUGCGGCCCGGAAGGAGGAGAAGACCGCCCAGACUCGGGAGAGCCACGCAAAGGCAGACAGCGCCGUGUCCCAGGAGCAGCUGCGCAAGCUGCAGGAGCGGGUGGAGCGCUGCACCAGGGAGGCUGAGAAGGUGAAAACCCAGUAUGAGCAGACGCUGGCGGAGCUGCAUCGCUACACCCCACGUUACAUGGAAGACAUGGAGCAGGCCUUUGAGACCUGCCAGGCCGCGGAGCGCCAGCGGCUUCUGUUCUUCAAGGAUAUGCUUCUUACCAUACACCAGCACCUCGACCUCUCCAGCAAUGAGAGGUUUCAGGAACUCCACCGAGACCUGCAUCAGGGCAUCGAGGCAGCCAGUGACGAGGAGGAUCUGCGCUGGUGGCGCAGCACCCACGGGCCAGGCAUGGCCAUGAACUGGCCACAGUUUGAGGAGUGGUCCUUGGAUACCCAGAGGACGAUCAGCAGGAAGGAGAAAGGUGGCCGGAGCCCUGAUGAGGUUACUCUGACCAGCAUCGUGCCCACAAGAGAUGGUGCUGCACCCCCGCCCCAGUCCCCGGGGUCCCCAAGCGGUGGGCAGGAUGAGGAGUGGUCAGAUGAGGAGACUACCCGGAAGGCUGCCACGGGGGUGCGGGUGCGGGCACUCUAUGACUAUGCUGGCCAGGAAGCUGACGAGCUGAGCUUCCGAGCAGGGGAGGAGCUGUUGAAGAUGAGCGAGGAGGAUGAGCAGGGCUGGUGCCAGGGCCAGUUGCAGAGCGGCCGCAUUGGUCUGUACCCUGCCAAUUACGUGGAGUGUGUGGGGGCCUGAUCUGCCCUAACAGCCCUUCUGCAGCGUUUCUCCACCCUGCGUCAGAGCCCAGCUUCUCUUGGACAGCCGGACCCAAGGGCCCUGGACCAUGGUGCCCCUUGCUGCCCCCCUGUCCCUUGAGGAGGAAGGAAGUCCUGGGAUCCAGGGAGGGGAGCGGCCUGCAUCUAGGAAGGGACUGGUAGGGAAUGACCAACUGAGGCUAGCCUGAGGGGAAGAUGGGGAGGUCAGGAGGUGACAGAAGCGCUCAGGGGUGCCUGGGCCUCUCCAGGAAUGCAUGGGUCCCCCAGGAGCUGUGGACCCAGUUCCUGGUCUCAGUGUUUUGGGAUUCCUGGGGUGGUCUUGGGGUGGUGAGUGUAGUUCUGGGCUAGCAGCACUCUCCUGUGACUUGUUUUAGUGUGUAUUAAAGUUGGAGAGAAAAAAAAAAGCA